AUGGAUGGUUAUGCAUCAUUACAAACAAGCGAUGAAUCUCGUCGCUCCUUUAAACCAAAUGUCCAAAAGGUCAAGUUAUAUUCUGUGGCUCUUGAUGAACGUAUAAGAAUCAAGUGUACUACAACAGCUCUAAAACAUAUUGAUUUAAAAGGUGGUUUGGAUAGAUAUUUAUUGACAAUGAAGGAUGACAAGUUGGGCAAAAAAAUGUAUGAUUUGAAACUUAAAAUUAUGGAUAGACUUGAGGAAGAAAAGAAAAGGCUAGCGGAAUUAGAUGGGUGA